AUGGCGCUGCAGGAGGCGUGCGAGGCCUACCUGGUGGGGCUGUUCGAGGACACCAACCUGUGCGCCAUCCACGCCAAGCGCGUCACCAUCAUGCCCAAGGACAUCCAGCUCGCUCGCCGCAUCCGCGGGGGAGAGGGCCUGAGCCCGAAGCUCCCAUCCACCCCCAAAGAACGCAAGCGCAGCCGCAAGGAGAGUUACUCGGUGUACGUGUACAAGGUGCUGAAGCAGGUUCACCCGGACACCGGCAUCUCGUCCAAGGCUAUGGGCAUCAUGAACUCGUUCGUCAACGACAUCUUCGAGCGCAUCGCGGGCGAGGCGUCGCGCCUUGCGCACUACAACAAGCGCUCGACUAUCACUUCCCGGGAGAUCCAGACGGCCGUGCGCCUGCUACUGCCUGGGGAGCUGGCCAAGCACGCUGUGUCCGAGGGCACCAAGGCCGUCACCAAGUACACCAGCUCCAAGUAAGUAAGUCCGCCAACUACCCACGACCCAAAGGCUCUUUUCAGAGCCACCUACACUUGUCAAAAAAGAGCUGUUGCGGUUUGCCUUCUAGCUCUGUAUGUGUUGUCUUCCUGUGGGAAUUGUGGAUGAUACUUGAAAAAAUAAUGCUACCCAAAUUUGGUGUUUUUUGACAUGUUCAGAUGAGUAUACUUAAAAGUUUUUUUGUGUGAGCAUUUCUGAUAUCAAUAACCGUCUGGAUUCAUCUAGUCCCUCUCCCCAUGUCUUGACUGGAUAGCCGCA